ACAACAUGAAGACUUUCUUGAUCAUUGCUGUCACUGCUUUGGCCGUGGUUGCGGAACCGCCGAUUUCUAAAAGUUACCUACCACCACCACCAGGUGGAAGGGCUGGCUACAGCCAAGGAUCUCCUUCGGGUCUAGCUUUUCAAGCUGGUAAUGCUCCUCAAAUUAUAGCAGCUAGGAGUUUACCCGGCGCUGGACUUACAAAUGGCUUUGCGAGAAGCGGUACUCACGACCAUACCAUAGCAAGAUUCAAUGGAAACCAACAUGGAUACGAUAGCGCCGUACCAGUUGGCAGAAACGCUAUUGAACAGACUAGUGGGACAGAGUUUGGUCAUCGGGAGGAGAGACAGGAAGAGACGGCAGAGGGUGAAUAUCAUGUGGUUUUGCCUGAUGGUAGGAAACAGACUGUCAGCUACAAAGCAGACGAACGUGGUUUCAAUCCUCAAAUAUCCUAUGAAGAAACUGAAGACCUAACAGCCGGCUAUGAUGUAAACGCCCACAAUCGCGGGAGCUACGAACACGAUUCUAAUGGUGUUAGUAAUCACCAUGAUAGAGGCUUUGGAAGCCAUGAAAACAGUUUUGGUAACCAUGACAACGGCUUCAAUGGCGGCCAUGGUAACCAUGGUAACGCGCGUAGCGGUUACUGA